UUUCUCUAAAAAUAAAGAUCUCAAAGCUUAUUUGCCGGAAGCUAUACGUCCCCGGAUCUUCCUAUCAGAUUCAUCUAUGAUAUAAAGCACUCAGCAUGAACGGAUACCCAUUCAAAUGACCAAUGAAUGUUGGAUAACGAUGGUGAAACUACGUGUAUCCGUUGUUUUAAUAUUGCUCGUGUCUGUCAACUUGGUGGAACCGCUAGUACAGGAAGGUUUAUCUAAAUUUUUAGGAUCUAUAACUGGCAUUAAAAAUGUGAGGAUUCCUGAAUUAUUGAAUCAAUUGUGCAAUCAAUCGCAAGGAUCAAAUACAACUCGUCGAGAUGCGUGUUACGGAUGCUUCUUCAGGGCUACCAGUCAAACCCUUGGAUACUCUUUAUUAAUGGCUAUCUCGAAUUGUGCCGAUAUUUAUCUCAAUAAUACCGAUUAUGGCCACUGUCAACAAUACUUGAGAGUAAGUUAUACGAAAUUUUUAUCUAUCAAAUUUUUUAUCGAUUAUUUAUUUUUAUGUUUGCAACAGAACGCUACGAGCAUAAUGAAUUCAAGAACGAGUGUUACGACGAUAUAUUGCUCGUUCCUCGAAUGCGUUCGUCAAGUAAAUAAGGAUACUUUGCUCAGGGAAUGCGUCGGCGAAGCCAUAAGAAUGUCCCCCAAUUUCAACUUGACGGACGUGAAAUUAGCCCAAUUAUACGUGAACACGACCGCGUGUGUGCUGGCGAAAACACGUUGCUCUCAAAUGAAUCCGAUAACCGGAGAAUUUCAAGAAGACGAUCUGGCCAAUAAGCUGAACAUACCCACGGUCAACGCGGUGCUGGUCAACACGAAUUACGACAUCAACAUCGUACAGCUACCAUUCCAUUCCAGUUCCAUCGACGUUUGCGCAAAAUAUAGAAACUACGAGCAGGCCAGCUGGCCAACGAUCAUGUGUUGAUUGAAAUUUUCUCGUUUAGCAUGGCCUAGAAACGGUGGCCAACCAUCAUCAAUUUACAAUUAUACAUACGGCAUUAACCUAUUUAUAAUAUCGUAUUGUUCU